AUGUCACCUCCGUCUCCUACGCCCUCUAGGCCGUUGCCGCCAACCUCCCCACCGGGAUCCCUCGAGGAUACCAAACUGGGGGACGGCGCCGCUCUUGAUCGAGCAGCCCUCAUCGCCGAAGCCUCCAUCUCGCCUGAGGGUUCAACCCAGAAGCGACGCUACUAUGGCCUCGCCAUCAUCUGCCUGCUCAACCUCGUCUUGACUUGGGCGUGGCUCUCGUACGCCAUGGUCAACACGUACGCCCAGGAAUGGUUCGAGGUCGGGCCUCAGUCCAUCAAUUGGUUCUCCACUGUCUACGGUCUCGCCUUCAUCCCGUUUCCUCUAUCCGGAUGGUUCAUUCAUAGAUUUGGACUUCGAACUAGCAUCAUCACCGGUUCCAUCGUCACGGUGGUCGGCAAUUGGGUACGAUACGCGGGCACGGCCAAGGUAUCCUUCGCCGGCGCCAUGGUUGGCCAGACGCUCGUAGGAGUAGCGCAGAUAUUCAUCCUUCCAAUCUCUUCGGCCUACUCGGAACUGUGGUUUCAUCGUCACCAUCGCACAACCCCUACGACGGUGGGUUCCAUCAGUCCGACCUUGGGAUCCAUGAUUGGCUCGUUGGCCACGCCGUAUCUCGCAAAGAAGGCUUCGGAGCUGCCUCAGUCGAUCCUCAUUGUGGCCGUCAUCUCAACAGUCGUCGCCAUUGGAGCCCUCUUUGUCCCAGGAAAACCCUCAUCAGUGCAGACCACCCAACCCGACGUGUCGGAGAGUCCAUCACGAACGCAUUUAUCCAAGAACCACCUCCUCAUGAUGAUCAAGAGUCCCGAAUUCUACAUGGUUGCCGUGCCUUUCAUUGUCGGACUUGCCAUCUUCAACUGCUGGGCGAGUCUGUUGCUGCUGUACCUAGUGCCCUAUGGGUUCCCCAUCGAAGACACGGGACUCCUCACGGGGCUGUAG